GUCUCUCUUCGCUCCAAAACUUACUUCACUUCGAUUCCCAACUCAUUUCCUAACUUCAACAGGGCCACCACAGCUAGAUUCAUGAGUUCUGAGUCGGCUCAGCGAGUCUUCCAACUCAGACUCGAUCCACUCACUGGGAACUCGGAGUGGGUCGUCAUCGACGAGAACGAGGAAGGUCCGGAAAGUAUCAAGGAGCCGCUUCUAGCUACGACGUCGUAUCUCGACAUGCUCAAUGACUCUCCCCGGAACAGAGCCUACCGGUUGGCUAUCGAGAAGACUGUAACAAAACCUUGCCACGUUCUUGAUAUUGGUGCGGGAACUGGGUUUCUGUCAAUGAUGGCGGCAAGAGCAAUGGGGUUGAGUGACUCAACAGCUUCUCUUGGUAGUAGCAAGGGGAUGGUAACUGCAUGUGAGUCUUACCUUCCAAUGGUGAAGCUCAUGCGGAAAGUUCUGCACAGAAAUGGUAUGGGAAGGAGUAUUAAGGUUGUUAACAAACGCUCAGAUGAGCUCAUAGUUGGAGUGGAUAUUCCUUCACGUGCCGACGUACUUGUUAGUGAGAUACUGGACUCGGAGUUGUUAGGUGAAGGGCUAAUACCAACUCUGCAACAUGCGCAUGACAUGCUAUUGGUGCAAAAUCCACUAACAGUGCCCUACCGUGCAACUACCUACGGCCAGGUGAAAUUUACUGAGCCUGGGAUAUGCCACGGGUUCGUCCUAUGGAUUGAUUGGGUGAUGGAUGCAGACAAUGCAAUUGUGUUGUCAACUGGGCCAGAUCACAGAUAUUGGAAGCAGGGGGUUAAGCUUCUGGCUAAGCCUGUAGCAGUUGGAAUACAAAGAUCCGAAUGCACAUCUGAAUCAGUUUCUGCAGUAGUUGAAGCAAUAUUUAAUCCUGCCAGCGGUGAGCUCAUAAUCAAACACGUUUUCUCAUGAUUUCUGUGUUUUUAGGAGAGCCCUUGAGUUUUGACCAUUUUUUCUGGCCGUCCUUGAGUUUGAUUUAAUCUCUCAAUUAUCUUAUAUUUAUCCGAGUGAAAUUUCCAA